AUGGCCCAGGCCAUCAAGAGUAUGCAUAUCCGAAAAGCCACCAAGUAUCUGAAAGAUGUCACUUUGAAGAAGCAGUGUGUGCCAUUCCGACGGUACAAUGGUGGAGUCAGUAGGUGCGCCCAGGCCAAACAGUGGGGCUGGUCACAGGGUCGGUGGCCAAAAAAGAGUGCAGAAUGUUUGCUGCACAUGCUGAAAAAUGCAGAGAGCAGUGCUGAACUGAAGAGUUUAGAUGUGGACUCUCUGGUCAUUGAGCACAUCCAGGUGAACAGAGCACCUAAGAUGCGCCGACGAACUUACAGAGCUCAUGGCUGGAUUAACCCAUACAUGAGCCCCCCCCGCCACAUCGAGAUGAUCCUCACUGAAAAGGAACAGAUUGUUCCAAAGCCAGAAGAGGAGGUUGGUUAA